AUGGACAUUGAUGCUACGUGGAAUAAGGAUUUAGUUGAUCUGGAGGUGAAGGACUGUGACCUGAUGUCGCACUCCAACACCAACGACCUAGACUCGAAUACGGAAGAGUGCUCAGAGCUGGGCACUCUAAGACUGAGGGGUGGAGGAUCGCCAGAGAGGGACUGUAAGGGUCGGUUCGUUGGCAAGGGCAGACCGGGCCCUAAGACCUCCAAAGAAUCCAAGGAGACCACGGUGGUGUCGGCAAGGACAGUGUCUCCCUCAAAGAGCGAGGUACCGGAAGCCUUAACUAGAGAAGAAUCACAGAGUCGACCGGGGAGUCGGAGAUCGCUUCCGGACUUAAGGGUGAAUCUCUCUCGCUGCGAUGAGUCCCAAACUCCAGCUCCGUCUAGUAGCACAAAGAGGAAAGAGGCGGAAGCUCACGUGGGCGAUAAAGGUGUGGACAUUGAAUCCGAUACAGGGAGCAUGCUCAGUAUCCGCUCGGAGCCAGCUCCCGAUAACAAGCAUGGUGAUGGUGCCGAGUCUGACUCGGACAUGAGCUGUUAUUCACUAAGUGACACCGAAAGGAGGAGGAGGUUCUGGCGGAAGCGCGGUCGCGGCGGCUUGGGGUCAGACUCAGACGAGACCACUGAAAAGCGGUCUCAGUCGGCUUCAAAGCGAGGUCGCGGUCGGCCCCCAACCACGGGACAGUACGUUGGUCUCACCAAAGCCAAAGAAGAGUACAACCGCGCCAAAAGAGAAGAGAUGAGAUUGAGGGCAGAAGAAGAAGUGGCUGGCAUACAGCUGCCAUUUUUAAUUCGCAGUCAGACAAGCGGCCCAAGGCUGGCUGGCUCCGUCUCGCCCUGUGCGCAGGAUGUCCUCUCUGCGGCUGCGCUCUCCCAGCGCGUGCAGACAAGCCUGGACGCAAUAACAUUGGUUGCCAAAAAUUCCGGCAAUCUAAAAGGCACGUUUGUAAAGGCACUGAAGGACGCGGCAGUGUCUAUUAAAGAAACAUUCGAGUGCCUUUUAGAGCGCACUACUUCAGAGGAGACGAGGCAUCUGCAGGCCCAAAAUGAUAGCCUGCGCGCACAACUGACUGAAUUAAAAGCUGAGAUGACACAGCUGAGAGCAGAUUUCCGGGACCAAUUUAAGAGGCCGUCCCCAGCCCCACCUCUGCCCACAGAACAUCUGCAGCCAUCCGGCAGCUCCCGCAAGGAUACUGCAGGGUUCCCCAACACGGAAGAAAUGAUGCGCUCCAUGACGGCGCAGAUGGGGCUAAUGCUAGACGCGAGGUUAGGAGCUUUGGAGCUGGAGGGUAGGCUACUGCCGGCCCAACCAAUGCGGCCCCCGUUGGCUGCUGACCGGAGGCACCAGGCUCCUCACAGCCAGGAGUCCGAACCCGCUCCCAAACCCAAUCCAAAGGUACGGCGAGGUCCUCCAAAUCUCACAGAGGAGCCCCAGAAAGGGAAGAAGAGGAACAAGAAGAAGACGACCCUUGCAGCAGUCGAAGCCGCCGCGGUUCGCGGUGCCGCCAAACCUGCUCCUAGGGCUUUGCCUUCAGCCCCUAUAGCCACGGAUAAAGCGUGGAACAUAGCGGCUAAAGGAGGCAAGAAAAAGAAGGCGGGAAGGGGACCGCAGCAGAAGGGAAAGCUCGCAGCAAUUGGAGCAGCUACGUCACCACGGUCACAAAAGCAAGAGGCCAGCAAACUGCGCCCACCCCGCUCUACUGCUGUGGUCUUGUCCUUGCAGCCUGAGGCCGAAGAGAAGGGCAUCACUUAUAAAAGUGUUAUUGCAGCGGCCAAAACACAGGUUGACUUGUCUGAACUGGACAUUCAAUCUGUUCGGUUCAAAGUUGCAGCUACCGGCGCGCGACUACUGGAGGUACCGGGGGCCGCCAGCGGUCCAAAAGCAGAUAAAUUGGCUGAGAAACUUAGCCAGCUGUUCAGUCCUGAGGAAGUCAGAGUGUCUCGGCCUACAAAAUGUGUCGAAUUGCGCGUAUCUGGCCUAGAUGACUCGGUGACAUCAGAGGACAUCGCUGCGGCGAUUGUGCAAGCCGGUGACUGUGCGAUCCAGGAGGUCAAAGUGGGCGACAUAAAAUCGGAUCCCUGGAGCCUAGGUUCGGUAUGGGUUCGCUGUCCUAUCGCUGCAGCUAAAAAGGUGGCUGGAAAGGGAAGACUACUGGUUGGAUGGGUGUCGGCGCAUGUCAAGCUGCUGGAAGCGCGUGCCCAAAGAUGUUACCGGUGCUUGGAGCCGGGACACGUGAGGGCAAAAUGUCCUUCUGACAUAGAUAGGUCCCAACUGUGCUACCGUUGCGGCCAGGCGGGACACAAGGCGAAAGAAUGCUCGGCGGCGCCGCAUUGCAAUGUCUGUGCAACGUUGGGCAAAGAGGCGGGUCAUAGGGUAGGGAGCAAGAGCUGUUCUGCUCCACCCAAGAGAACGAAGACAAAGGCUGGCGAUGGCUCCCGGGUCUCCUCGCAGCCUGUCCACCCAUCCACUACUACUGUGGACGAGACUCAGGGGGUUUCAGAAAUGGACGCCAGUUAA